CGGCUAUACAGCCUCCCUCAAGCUUUCCCGUCGUUCCCGCCCUCUUACGGGGUCCCUCCACCGACGUCAUCACAGUCAUAGCAAAGCUCCACCCAAUGUUCACCUAUAUAUACUUCCAGCUAUCACCCCCACAGACAACAACAAAAUACACACUUCCUCCAAAACCAUCCAAACCAUCCAGAAUACAAAAAAAAAAGAAAACCAUCAUGUCAGACAUACAAAAAUCGGCCGGGAAAACAGUUUCGUCCGUCGGGAAUGCCGUCACGGAUCUCGGGACGGGUGUCGGUCAAGGGGUCUAUGAUAUCGGUUCUGGGGGUGCAGCUGGGUUAUGGAGUGUCGGUACAGGGUUGACCUCGGGUGUAGGCACCAUCGCAAAAGGAAUGGGAAACGCGGUUAGCGGUCAAGGCGUUGAGAACGUUGGAAAGGGGCUCGGUAAAGGUCUUGGUGAGAUGGUUGGUGGCGCCGGUCAGGGCGUUGCGGAUGUGGGUGGUGGAUUGAGUAGAGGGGGUACUGCUCUUGGUAAAGGGAUUGGAGAUGCUGCUUCUGGAGGAUCUGGUACACGAUCUCCAUUCAGACGGUGAUUUCAUACCUACUUGAAGGAAUCACAUAUGGGUCCUACGAAGACCCUAAUAAUAAUAAUGUGUAUUAUCCAGUCAUGCCCUAGCCCUAUAUUACACUAAUAUACAGCCACGACCUUUU